AUGUUCCACAACCAAGCCACCACCAUAACACCACCACUACAACGCCAAGAAGGACAUCAACCACACCAUGAAUACUCCACUGAGUUGAUCGAUCAAGAAUUAUUCUCGUCAACAACCAUCAAUGGAAACAAACAACAAGAAAAAAUAUUCACCGAUGAUGUUCAUCAAGAGGUUGAGGACGAUCCUAAGGAUUUGGCUGACGCGACGUUGAAACCAAGGCUGGACUUGAACGAUCGAACAUUAUGUCCACCACCAUCAUCAUCGGAAUGGACCAACAAACAAAUUUUAAAAAGAUUUACAUCCCGAAAUGUGAUGAUUCGGAAUGAUUCUUGCAAAGAGGAGGAAGUUAAUAUUUACAGCAACAUCAGUUCUUUCAGUGAUAUUGCUGUUGCAUGUUUGGAAUGGAUAAAGAAGAAAUUAAAUCAUCAUGAAAAACAUGGGAAUGUUUCAUCAAAUUUUACCUCAUCAUCAACAAACAGUUCUAUUCCUCAAAUUUUGUCGGAUGAAGAAGAAAUUAUGUUUGGUUUUUCCUCCACCUUUGCACUCAAGCACAAUCUCUAUUUGGAAUGGUUGUUUUGGCUUGUUUUAAUGAUUACAUUUGGCUUUCUGCUUAUUCUCUGUAAAUGGUUCCCAUGGCUGAAAACAUGGAUGACACAUUCAUAUUGCAAAUCUUUUAAAGAGGCAGAUGCUAUUCUGUUGUGUAGCAGAACAAAUGUCAAUGCAAUGGACGGCUCUCAUGGUAAAUGGAACUGUUGCAAAAUUGAAAAAUCUCGUAUUCACACGGAUGAUGGUAAAAAGCAAGGUGAAAUUGAGAUUAUUUACUUUAAAUUCCGAUAUGUGACGUUUAUUUACGAUGAAGAGGGAGAUUGCUUUGUUCCAUGUAAUUUUUCUUUGCAAGAGUCGUUAAAAUCGAAUGGCAAUGAACAAAGUGAAGGUCUAUUCAAUGGAGAAUCAAUUCAUCGUCUUGCCAUACACUACUUGCAUGAUCAUGAUCGAAACAUAAGAGGCAAGAUUUUUGGACGAAAUGUUAUUGAGACUCCUGUCAAACCGAUACUGUCAUUGGCAAUGGAUGAGAUAUUUCAUCCAUUUUACAUCUUUCAGAUUUUCAGUGUUUGCAUUUGGUGUUUAGUUGAAUAUUACAUUUAUGCUAUUGCCAUUGCAGUGAUUAGUACAUUAUCAGGCUUGAUAAGUUUGUACACAACCCGAAAGACAAUGGUUAAACUAAGAGAAAUGACCUCUUUAAGUUUUUCUGUCAACAUGAUUGAUCAGAUCCAUGGACAGACGAGAUAUUCCAAGAUUGAUUCUUCACUUCUACUUCCAGGUGAUAUGAUUGAGAUUGAGAAUGGAAUGACUAUUCCCUGUGAUCUUGUGUUGCUGUCAGGGCAGGUGAUUGUUAACGAGUCCAUGAUGACUGGUGAGAGUACUCCUGUGAAAAAGAUACAUGUCCCCUAUUCCAACAAAGAUCUCUUAAAGAGCGAUCUCUCAAAUUCCACAUUAUUUGCGGGUACUCAUGUUAUCAUGACUAAACCAGCUUCGGGAUCACAUCAUAAUUUCUCCUUAUACUAUCAUAAUAAUUUUCCAAGCAAAGUGUUAGCAAUGGUCACUCAUACAGGAUUCCAAACAACUAAGGGUAGAAUGUUAUUACCUAUCAUAUAUCCGAAACCUAAUAACUUUCGAUUAUAUAGAGAUAGUUUUAAAUUUAUGGGAAUAAUGUCAAUUGCUGGAUUUGUUGGAGUGUUUUUCACAGUUAUUAAUCUUGCCAAAAUUCAUGUUUCUCUGUUGAGAAUUAUAUUGGAAAAUAUUGUUCUGAUUACAAUUGUUGUCCCUCCUGCGCUUCCAAUUGCCAUCACCACCACUAUAUCUUUUGCUGUUGCAAGGCUAAAAGAGUCGUGGAGAAUAUUUUGUAUUGCUCCCCAAAGAAUUAGUUUCUCUGGACUGAUCAAGUUAAUUGUUUUUGACAAGACUAACACUCUAACAAGUGACAAUUUAGACCUUCAUGGAUGUGUGCAGGUCGACCCAGCUUGUGGGUCAUUCAGUCAUCUUCUUCACAGCUUUGAAUAUGGUUCUUAUUUAAGUUUCGGAAUGGCCACCUGUCAUGACUUGUGCAACCUUACCACGACUGAAGGCGUCACAAAAAUUGUGGGAGAUCCUUUGGACAUGAAAAUUUUCGAGUCGUGCAAAUGGAGAAUCGAAGACUCAAACAACAAUGAAUUUAUGACUGUCAUUUCUCCUGACAACAAACAUUCAUUCUCUAUUUUGAAGAUAUUUCAAUUCAAGUCAUCACUGCAACGAAUGUCAGUGAUAGCAAUGAAUUUACAAUCACAGGAAAUAUUCUGUUUUUCAAAAGGCUCCUCGGAAAUGAUUAAGCAGCUUUCAAAACCAUCCACAAUCCCACACAAUUUCGCUCAAACUCUGUAUAAGUAUUCCCACAAAGGAUAUCGCGUUAUUUCUAUUGCAUACGGAAAAAUUGCAGAUUCUCACACAAUCCACAAUAUACAUGAAUUUAUUGACAAGAUGGAGCGUGAACAAGUAGAGAAGGAUCUCAAUUUCAUUGGCCUCAUUUGUUUGGAGAAUAAGUUGAAAGCCGAUACAUCUAGAGUGAUCAAAAAGUUGAUUGCAGCAAAUCUCAGAUCCGUAAUAGCUUCAGGUGAUAAUGCUUAUACUGUAAUUUCAGUAGCCAGAAAAUGUCACAUUUUACCAAGCUCCAAAAAAGUUUACCUUAGCGAGCUUUUCUCUGACGAGGUCGAUGAAGCAUCCUCAAAUUGGCAUGAAAAUAUUAUUUGGAGAAAUGUAGACUGUGAGCAAGAUGUUAUUACUUCAGAACAAAUAAUGAAUGGGGAUGAGUCCUUUGGAUCCAAUGUCGAAUUGGCUGUGACAGGAACUAUUUUUAACAUGAUCUAUAACAGACAUUUACCAGAUUUGGAGCUUGCCAAACAACAAAAACUUGAAACUCCAUAUGUGAAUAUUGGCACUCCAACCCUUCUUCAUCGGUUAAUGAGUUAUUGCAGAAUUUAUUCAAGAUUUUCACCCAGCGACAAAAUGAAAAUUGUUGAAGAAUUCCAAAAAUUAGAUUAUUACGUCAUGAUGUGUGGAGAUGGACAAAAUGAUGCAAAAGCACUACAAACGGCCAACGUUGGAGUGUCGCUCAGUAGUGAAUCUGAAGCUUCUUUGGCAGCACCUUUUACAAGUUUGAAUCCUAGCAUCAGUUGUGUAAUGGCAAUAAUGAGAGAGGGACGGUCCGCAUUAUGGUCUUCAUUUCAAGUCUUCAAGUACAUGUCUCUCUACUGUUUGAUCCAAUUCUUUUCAGUCUUAAUUCUAUUUCAGAAGAACAGCAAACUGUCAGACUUUCAAUAUUUAUAUGUAGACAUGUUUGUAAUAUUGCCAACCAUUUUGUUGAUGACUCGGACAAAAGCUACAAGUACAUUGAAAAGAGUGCGGCCUCCAACCUCUCUCAUAUCAAGAUUUGUGAUUUUGAGUUGGAUUGGACAGAUAAUUUUAAGUUUUUCCAUGAUUGGGUUUGUGUGGAGUGAAAUUCAUCAAAUUGGAAACAUUGACUCGUGGCUUAAAUUAUUGGAGCAUCCAUCUAAAGAUGUCACGAAGAAUUAUUGGAGUUAUGAGUCGACCAUUAUAUUUUUGAUUUCCACUUUUUGCACAAUCAAUUGUGCGAUCAGUCUAAGCAUUAGCAAGCCUUUCAAGAAAACCCUUCUAACAGAUAAUUUCUACUUUGUCAUGUGCUUGACUAUUCUUUAUUUUUUUACGUGCUAUUUCACACUUGUUCCAUGCUCAUGGCUCAAGUCGGUAUUGCAAUUGAUGCAUUUGCCCAUGUAUUACAAAGUCAGAAUUAUUAUCUAUGGAUUACUACAUUUAAUAAUGAGCUAUUGUUUUGAAUUAUUAUUGGUUUCAGAACGCUUUAAGAAGAUUGUAAAGCGAAUGAACGUGGUUGCUUUACUUUCUGUCUUGAGAAAAUUGUUUGUAAACAUUCCUUCUGUGAGGGAUAGAAUCGAAAAGUUAGUAGCGAACAAGAAAGCCAGAAGAAGAAAAUACAAGCAGCUUAACGAGAGAUUAGGUUUGAGGACUGUUCACAACCGAGAAAUUUCAAAGCUAAAAACUUCUCUUAAAUCUGAAUCUAAGGCGUAUUUGCUGCAAGAAAUUGUGUGA